AUGUUUGAGCGCUUUUACGUGCAAAGUGUCUCUGACCAGCUGUACCUGGACGAGAAGGACAACGGCAUUGAGGGGUUCCGUACGCUCACCAACUUCACUCCCGACGAGUUCAAGACGAUCUGGAGUGUCGUCGUGUUGGCUCUCCAAGCUCGAUGGAACGACAGCAGCGGACGGAAGCCCACGUCCACACCAAAGAAUGCAUUCUUCAUGAGUCCUCAUGAACCUGGCUCCGUGUCGGAUCUCGCCAUGUUCCGCAAGCGGCUCGAUGUACACGUGACGAAGCCACCUACAGAGACGGCGGUCAAUGUUAACGCGACUGGCGGCCUCGACCGCCAUGACCUCGAACGCAAUGCUGCGGUAUCCGCCGACCGCGUGAACGUCGAAAACUUCUUCAGCCGCAUGUACGAUGGUAUUCAACGACUCACCUUCGCAUUGAUGAACUUCCACGUUGGUCAUAUGACGCUUCGCGAAGACGACCGCCACCAGUAUUGCUUGAUCCUUGUGCGCUACGCAUGUAUGGGAGAGGAGAAGAAGUCCCAGCGUACCACGAUCCAGUGUCGCUAUGUCCUCCGUCGUGCGGAACGACGCACCACUGUCGACUGUCCAUAG